AUGAGUGCCCAACCCAGUUCCAGUCGAGGCGUCCCGACAGCUCCCACUCGAUUCCGCUGCAAAGUCGGUGGGGAGUGGAAAGACCUCUCCGAAUUUUCCAACGCACAGCAGAAAACCCUCCAAUAUCUCUCCGCCGGCGACCGGCGCCUUGAUCCCGCGCACUGCGGGAUGACAUGCAAGCAGCACUCGGCCGGAUCGCGGUCGGAGAUGCGCUGCGAUGUCUGCAUGCUUGUCAAGCCCAUUGACGAAUUUAGCAAGAACUCCCGCCGCAACGGCGAAUACCAAUGUCGACGCUGUGUGGCCUGGACCGAGAUCCAGGAGCCUGCUCUCACUCCCGGGCCCCUGGAAACGGGCCAUAUCUCGCCAGAAGAGGAGCAGCAGCAGGCCCUGAGGCAGAGGUUCCUCCUAAGUCAGGACUUCUUUCCCGACGACGACGACGACGACGACGACGACGAUCUCAUCCCGCAGGCUCCUAUUACGGCCUUUGCUUCUCUUGGACUCAGCGAGGAGUCGUGCCUUAAGGCUGUCGGGUCCGCCAAGUCCGCGGCCAUUGACGAGUUUUUGUCUCGCGCUGACGACGCCUCGUCUACCCGCUCGGUUGUGCUGCCGCCGCAUCUGCGCACCAAGUACAAGGCUGUCAGUGAGGCGGCUUCAUCCGCAUCGUCCACGGCGGGCGAUAUGUCGCUACCCACGACACUGCUCGAGAGCGACUCAGACACCGCGUCCAUUGUGAGCCGCUCGUUCAACGCCUGGGGACCAGACGGUGGGCUGCAGCGGCGCUUCGCGGAUUCCGUUGCGUCGUCGUCGGUGGCGGGAUCCUCGCACGCUGCCACAUCGGUGACCGAAGAGGACGCCAACGUCGUGGGCGACUGGUCUCGCGUGGGUGCGCCGAAGACGGCCGGGUUGCCGAAGCGAAAGGGAGGCUGGCCCAAGGCUUCAGAGAAUAAUCGGCUGUCUGUCGCGGAGCUCCGGCAGGAGAAUGGUGAUGUGCAUCAAGGGUACGUGCGGCGGGAUAUCGAUACGCAGAAGCGUGUGCGUCCGCUUGGGUACGAUUCCGAAGACUCGGAUUAA